GAAUGCGGAAAAGAUUAGCUCAGGUGAAUUUAUGGAUGGGGAAUUGAUCAAAGUCUUUUAUUCAGAAAAUGUAUUCUACAGGUAUUCUAGACCUAAAUAUACUACUGUAAGCACCCCUCAUUGUUUUAAAAUCUCGAACGCAGGGUUCCAUUGUAAGUAGCAAUAAACAAUAUACUUCAGUAUCAAACUAUAAUUGACCAUCAUCUGUAUCGGCCCGGUCACAGUACACAACGAUAACGAUACGAUAACUUGUAUACGCGCGCUGAUUGGUCAAAAAAUUUAUCGUUAUCGUGCGACUUUAUCAUUUUCGUUGUAGUGUGGACACCAACAUAGUUAUUUUGACCAAUCAUCGCGUGCUUACAAGUUAUCGUUGUGUAGUGUUAUCUGGGAAGGCUGUCUUGAUAGAACAGUAGCUGCAAUGGUAUUUUGUAUGUCCGAAAUCCAGUCUUUAUUUAUAUAGAUUUUACUACAAGAAAUAUUUAAUCGCUGAAGUGAUGCUCCCUGAUGGUUCUGUCCUGCGGUCUACCGGUCCUACCCAUAUUUAUUUCAAGCACUGGGUUUACGACUUGAAGUCAGAAAGUGUAAGCGUUAAAGUAGUAUAAUUUAUAUCCUAUUGUUAAUGUACCUUGAAAAUCGUUUGAUGUACCACCGCUCCAACCACUGAGCUAUUGGGAUGCCCAGUUGAGGCUACCUCCUCCGUAGGCCGUAAUGAAUUCCCUAAUAGACCUUUCCCCUUGAGUCCCUAAUAGACCUUUCCCACUUGAAGUCAGACCUUUCCCCUUGAGUCCCUAAUAGACCUUUCCCACUUGAAGUCAGAAACAGAGCUCCACUCCAUGUUUACCUGACAAUUGUUCGUGUGACAAUGAGACAGUAAGCACAAUUCCUGUUAUAAUCUCGAAACGAAUUAAUAAGAAAUAUAAUGUGCGAUAUCGACAUGACUCCAUCCGGCCAAAUAAUUUAAUUAAAAUUCCUAUUAAACACUUGCCGGGUUCCCAACAUACGUUCGUUCCCUCCCUAAUGCUAUCUAAUGUUAUGUCAUUGGUGCCCAAAAUAGAUGAAUUACGCGAAGUUACCCUCAAUAGUGAUGUAGAAAUAGCUUGUAUUACCGAAACGUGGCUCAGAGAUCAUAUCGAUGAUAACGUUGUUAAUGUGUCAGGAUUUAGGUUGGUUCGCCUUGACAGAAUUAACAGUCAACACGGGGGAGUCUGUAUGUACGUUAGGAAUAAUAUUCAAUACAACAUUGUACAAGACCUUUUAGACAGCAAUUUUGAAAUCGUCUGGGUUCAUAUUCGCCCUACUCGUCUUCCAAGGGGAAUUCCAUGCAUAACAAGACGCCUGCUCAGGCGUUCACACUGGCCUGAAAAUAACGAGAUACGUGCUAUGGUGCAAAAGGCAGGAAUACAAAUCUUAAACCGCAAGCAAAUUUUAUGGAAUUUUUUUUAAAAAAUAAAGGACCUUUUCGGGAGACGUUAAUGGUACAAGUCAAUAACUAGGAGUUACUAUCGCAAGGAAAGUGCUGCCUUUUUGGCGUAUGAACUGAAUGCAAUUAUGCAAAAAUUUAUACUUCUACACAAUUCUUGGUUAUAUCCCCAAUGUUUCCUUCUCGUUCAUCAUUUAAGCCCGUUCACAAACUCAUUCUUAAAUUGUGUGCACGGAAUACGAGUAAAUAGCCAACAUGAAAAUGAAGCCAUUGGGUCAAAAGUGGAUAUUAAGGUCUAUUACAUGUACCUAUUAGCUGCCAAUGCACACUACUUUAGUAACUCUGGCUAACGCCAGACCAAUUUACACUGUAACGCCAGACGAUUUUACUUGUUAGUGGCAGAGUACUGUCAGUAAAUGGGUUAACAAACACAUCUGCCAAUGUCUCUUAUUAACCCAUUAACAGGCAAUGCACCCUGCUUUAGUAUUCUUUAGUGACUCUUCAGAAUUUGCUCAGAGUCAAUGUGAGUAAAAUACAUCUUGUAUUCAAGCGCUUUCAUAUACAAAGUUUCGUUUGAAUACGGCACAGAGUAGGAAUAUUUAUUUAGAAUUUUUCAGAAUAUCGGGUUUUUACUCGCACGCACGUUUAUAGCUCGAUCAAUGAACGUGCAAAUCAUGCCGACCUACAGAAUCGAUUUCCGGUUUUUCCUAAACAGCACGUUCAUUCACUGUGCGUUCCAUGGGCCACGCUAAAAAUAUAAAUAUUCUGUAAAUACCGAAAUAAAAGAUGACAAUCUCAAGACACAAGCUUGAAAAUAACACUAUAAAUAGUGUUUUCGAUUCUGGUUCCAAUAAUAUCAUUACGAAAAAGAUAUGUCCAAAGGGGCCGAAGUUAUGUUCGGCAAAAUUCCAAAAUGUAUGGCUAGUACGUUUACAUUGUUUGUUAUAUUAUGAAAUAUGAUACCAUACUUGUAUUAAAAUUCGCGUCGAACUGAUGUUAUUGUAUUAGGCAAAUGAGUAGACUUGCCACAAGUCGACCUCGAACGAAAUGCGUUUCUUCGAGGUCGACUUGUGGCAAGUCUAGCAAAUGAGAACCAUACAAUAAUGGUUCUAGUUCUUGUUGGUAUUUUGAACGCACGCUUUAUCUUUAGUAUAGCUACCACAAAGCUUUUCGCGCGGAUUAUAUUUCGCGCAGUACUAAAAUUUCCGCACCCAGCGGCCAUAGCCUGUGAGAAUUUACGGCUGUACACAGGCUAAGCGGCCAGCGCUACGCUAAUUCUCUUAAUUCUAGUACUGCGCGGAUUUUAAUACAUGUAUUUAAAGGUAUAUUGUCGACAUUUGACUAAAACUAUCGUAAGGAAUUCGGAGAGUUUGUCCUUGUUUAUAUUCCAAUAUAAUGUAUAAAUUCGCUGCGUACAAAUUUAUGAAAUUUUGGGGUUUUCGAGUCGUUUAAUUUAAUACAAAAAGAAAAACAUUAAUUCAACAGGCAAGAAAGUCCAGAGUGCGAUGCAAAAAUUAACACAAGUACACAACGGAUGUUAUGAGUCCACGACGUAUAUUUAUAGUUGUUUAUUAAUUAAAAGUCAAACUGUCAAACCUUUAACUUGUCCUUGUUUAAAUAUCCUUCUAUAUAUUGUAUAAAUUCGCUGGGUCUAAAUUUUCGAGUCGUUACACAAAGAAAAACACAUUAAUUCAACACGCAAGAAAGUCCAGAGUACGACACAACGUAAAAUCCAUAGGAAACCGGCACAAUUCUUUGAAAAUUCAACGAAACUGUGUUUGAUCACUCUGUGAAAAGCCGCCAUUGGAGUUCGGAAUUGUGCGCGUGCGUACAAGUGUAUGGGCUAAUAAACGAAAAAUGCACCACAAGCAUGGCAUGAGUCGGAUAUUACGUACAUAAAUACGGACUUAUUACUAUACUAUGUAAAUCAUGGAACCGAGGGGAUCGAUGGCAUUUUGGCUUAGUCGUUGCACCCUGAGCCUGCGAUGAGCUAACGCAAACUCGAUUUCUCGACUACGAAAAAAACAGGAAAAGACAGAAAAAGAGGGAUUUAAGACACUUGGCCUACAGGCCAGUGUAAUUAUUGGAACCACGUCAACAAUCGAAUCUCGUUUUCCCAAUAGUGGUGUCAUCCUGCUUGGAGACUUUAACAACUUAAAUGUCUCUAGAAUCAAACGUAACUUUAGGCUUAAGCAAACUGUGAACUUUCCCACACGUGGCCGGAACACCUUGGACCUCAUCCUAACUAAUUUGAAAGACUAUUAUGCUUCCCCCAUUAAACUCUCUCCCCUCGGUCUUUCUGAUCACGUAACGGUUAAAGUUUUACCGCUCUCCCGAACAACAACAUCCAAGUCCAAAACAAGCAUCAAAACAAGGGACAUUAGACCAACGAAACGUUUAGCAAUGAGAACAUAUUUGGAAGCUGUUGACAUUCAAACCUUGAUAGAUAAUAAGAUCUCUUGUGAGGAAAAAACUACGAUGUUGGAAAAAUCGUUAGCACAGGUAUGAAUUCCCUUCUUCCAAUGAAGAGGAAAACGAUUAUAGCUAACGAGCCCCCAUGGCUCAAUGAAAACCUUAAAAAGUUGAUACGUGCGCGCCAGGAAGCCUUGUCCUUGGGUGACAUGGUUACCUUCCGAUUACUUAGGAAUCAAGUUAAUCGAGAGAGGAAGUCAAGCCGUGCAAAAUAUUACGAUUCAAGAGUUAAACAAUUGAAAUAAUGUGAUCCUUCCGGUUGGUGGAAGGAAAUUAAGAAACUUAGUGGGAUGUCUGCAGUGUCAAGUGACAGUACAACUUCAAUUCUACAACAUGUUGUUUGUGACCCAGUCGAACCGCCUCCACUUAAUAUUGCCAAUGUUAUUAACAACGCAUUCCUUGCCUCAAUGAGUGACUUUUCUCCAUUAUCUCCCAACGUCCGUCUUGCCACCGAUAAAGAACCCCCAUUUACCGUCACAGAGCAAUCAGUUUUUCAGAAACUGUUAGCACUAAAUCCGACCAAAGCAACUGGGCCAGAUGGUAUUCCCUGCUGGCUUUUAAAAGAGAACGCCGAUAUUUUUGCACGACCAGUAAUGUCGAUUAUUAACUGUUCAUUCUUGGAGUCUCGCUUACCUCCUUCAUGGAAGGAAGCCGAUAUAGUACCAAUACCCAAGCAAAAACCUGUCAAUGACGUAAAUAAAGAUCUAAGACCAAUCUCUUUGACUCCAGUACUCUCUAAGGUCGCUGAGGAAUACGUAGUUGAAUGUUUUGUAAAACCAGCUGUAUUGAAAAAAGUUGACCCACAACAGUUCGGUACAUUACCUGGCUUGAAUACCACCUAUGCUCUUAUUAGCAUGCUACAUAAAUGGAACUGUGACACCGAUGGUAAUAGUGCAACAGUGAGGAUCGUAUUGUUCGACUUCAAAAAGGCCUUCGAUCUGAUCGAUCAUGAUAUUUUAAUUCAGAAACUAGUGUCGUACGAAAUUCCAAAUAAUGUUGUCAAUUGGAUAAUAGAUUUCUUGUUGAACCGCAAACAAAGAGUUAAACUCUGCCAAGAUUGUGUUUCGGAGUGGGGCUCGGUCCCCGCGGGUGUACCGCAAGGAACAAAAUUGGGCCCAUGGCUGUUUUUAGUCAUGAUUAACGAUUUAAAUGUCUCUAAUGAUGUGAUGUGGAAAUAUGUGGACGACUCAAACAUCUCCGAAACUGUUAAAAAAGACGAAGUAAGUCAUAUCCAAUCAACCGUAGAUGAGUUCGUACGCAAGUCCAAAACCGAAAAGUUCGUGCUGAAUGAGCGCAAAUGUAAAGAAAUGAGAAUUAGUUUUACGAAAUCGGAAAAAGUCUUUCCACCCGUUACGAUAAAUAUGUCCCACAUGCCAAAAUUCUGGGCCUGAAUGUAUCCGACAACUUAAAAUGAAAUUAUCAUGUUAGCGAACUCGUUAAAAAAUCUUCAAAAAGAUUGUACUUCCUAACUCAGUUAAAGCGCGCCAAAGUGGGUUGUUUGGAAUUGGUACAAUUUUUUAAAUCCUGCAUCAGAUCUUUAAUUGAAUAUGCUUGCCCAGUGUAUCACGAUGGUCUCCCAACGUAUCUUUCGAGUGAUCUCGAAACUAUUCAAAGACGAGCAAUGCGAAUCAUCUACCCCACAGAAUCUUACGAAGAUGCCCUACUAUUAUCAGGUCUAACUUCCCUAUUCCUACGGCGCCAACAGAUUACUAACAAAACCUACGGCGCCAACAGAUUACUAACGAUGAUGCACACAAAUUACACGAACUACUGCCUGCUAAAAACAAUAUCUCGCUUAAUUUACGGAAAAAGUCGAAAUUCAAUAACCCAAGAGUAAAAACGAUCCGUUAUAGAAAUAGUUUUAUCAUCAGUAAUUCAAUUAAGGCAUAAUUAACAAUAGUAUUAGGCAAUCUAAAUAUAAACACGAUCAGUUCAAGAACUGUUUUAAACAAUGAACCAUUUCAGAAAUAGUUUUUACCGUAACCUAAUUUAGGCAUAAUUAGCAUCUAGGUGUUGUAUUUUCUAACUUGUACAUAUAUAAUGCAUAGUGGAAUUCUCCAACAUGUUUUAAGAUCCUCUCUUUUAUCAAUUCUUGUAAAUUUUACUUAAUUCAGCUUAUGGCUGCGAUGUAAAUUUCAAUAAACUAUCUAUCUAUCUUGAGUGAAAUUUUGAUCUAGACAAGUCUGGACAAAAAUUUCAUCACAGCUUGAAAGAGCAUCACAAAAUUAGUAAUAUUCCGAGGUUUCGUUGCGAAAUGUUGUAAAAUGCGGAUAACAUAGCCUUGCGAAGUUUGCCGUUUUUCAGUCAUUUUGUAUUACAAAUGGGAAAUUGAUAAUCAGUUUGAUCAUCUGAUUGCAAUUUCCCGUUUGUAAUGCAAAAUGACUGAAAAACGGCAAACUUCGCAAUGCUAUAUUAUUCGCAUUUUACAACAUUUCGCAACGAAACUUCGGAAUAUUACUAAUUUUGUGAUGCUCUUUCAAGCUGUGAUGAAAUUUUUGUCCAGGCAUAUCUAGAUCAAAAUUUCACUCAUAAGGGGAAAGGUCUAUUCUUAAGGCAGAAAUUCAACGGAGUGACGUCAUAACGUCAGUAUGAAAAAAUAAUAUUAAACGCUAUGACAUCAUGCCAAUGAUGCAUGACUGCCGAAUGAGUGAGGAAUUGUGUCACAACACAAAUGGUUUCCUACAAUCGGCUGCUGCUUCUCUAAAACAAUUAUUGAAUUCAAUUUUCGCAUGCGAUAUGAAGAAUUACCAAGCCGAAGCUUGAUCAUUCUUUAUAUCAUGCGAAACCGAAUUUAUUUACAUGUAUCUCUUGGCUUGUGGAAAACACCACGUGUCGUAUAUUUAUUAUUGUAAAGCUUUCGAUACGUAAGCUAGCUCGGAUCAAUAAUAAUAUUAUUAACACUAAUGAAGAUCUGGACUUAUAUACGGAUCGAAAACUUUGCAUUAUUUAAUAAUUAUUGUAUGGCAAACAUCACUUCCGGUGAAAUGGCGAUUGGCUGAGAAGCACUUUCAGCGGUCCAUUAUUUUCCCUUAAUGGACCGGCGGUCCAUUACGUAAAAACAAACGCAUGCAUUUUAAAACAAAACAGCAAAACUAAUUGAAAAUUAUAAUUUAAUUUAUAAGAUAUAUAUAGAGAGUUAUAGAGUUAUAGAAACACGCGUGAAAGUUUGGGAGAAACGAGAAAUUGCGUGGGAACACGAGCACGAAGUGAAACACGGAAAAAAUGUUUUCUAUUUCCUUUAUUAAAUAGCCUUUUAAAAACAAUAGAAAAGAUAAAUUUAUUGAUUUUAAUUGCUUUCAUUCAAAUAUUAAUUCCACCUUAAUAUACGUUCGUGUAAACUUAAUUAUAAAAGCAUAGCGAAGUAAACAAGUACAUCGCUGUCAAAACAACAGACUGCACUUAACAGGUUUACUUUAUAAAGUAUAUAAUUCACUCAACAACGUACAUGCUUGCAUGCAAAGAAAGCACUGUUUUAAAUAGUUAGUGAACGUUUAAACAUGAUUAAAAACUAUAGUAAACGUGAUUAAAAACGUCGCGAGGAAAUAUUUUUUUAAAAAGACAAAGUAAAAUUAAAAUAUCUUACCUUGGUAAACAGUCAAACAGAUACAAUGUGUGCUACAAUUAUACUUUGUGCUUUAGGUCUUCGCUUUCUAAGUUAGCAAAGUGUUGCCUUUUUUUGUAACGGUUCUUCGGCGUUUCGGGACGUUUUUCAACUUUUUUCAAAAUUAAAUUUUGUUUGUAUUUUGUCUUUUAAACUCCCGCGCAAUCCACGCAACCCGCGUGAAAAUUCCCCGUGUUUCUAUCGAGUUAUAGAAACACGGGUUUUUUGAGCUUUUGACCAAUCAGCGCCCGUGUUUUUAAAAGGCUAUUUUAUAAUAUGCAUUUCAAAUCAUGCAUUUGUUGUUUGUUUCAAGUGUAAAUGCCUAUAAAUGCCAUAUAAUAAACUUUUUAUUAACCUCGCUUGCUCGGUAUGUACAGAGAAAUAUCAGACCUCGGACUUUUUGUACAAACCUCGCUCUACGGGCUCGGUCUGUACAAAAAAAGACCUCGGUCCGAUAUUUCUCUGUACAGACCUCGCGCUCGGUUUUAAUAUACGAUACAUAGCUAUGAUGUUUUCCACAACACAAGAUAUAUAAGAAUAGUUAACAAUUAUUUGCCGAAGGUGAAGUGAUUACCGGUGAAUAUUCACCGUAAUCACUGAGCAUGAGGCGAAUAAUUGUUUUAGUAUAAACUUUUAAUAUAAAUGAAUGUAAAACAAUUAAUGAAUGUAAAACAAUUGCUCGAAUGCAGCAGUUUGUAUUGACGGGUAUUCAAUAACAAGAUGUGACCGAAUUGAUAAGCUGGGCGGUGGAGUUUGUGCUUUUAUUAAAUCAGACAUCCCGUUCAAAAUUCUAACAGAAUUUAAUGACAUCAAUUUUGAAACUUUAUGGAUCUAUGUAAGACCUCAUAAACUUAAUCGAGGCUUCUCUUGUUUGAUCGUAUGUGUGGCCUAUAAACCUCCAUACAGCGACAACACCGCGUUUAUAGAUCACCUGAGCACAGCACUUGACCUCGCUCUCAAUAAGUACCCAAAUGCAGGUAUAUUGUUACUCGGAGAUUUUAACAGAUAUCCCGUCUCAUUUUUAUUGAGACAUUUUACUUUGAAACAAAUCGUAAAACAACCAACAAGGAAAGAUGCUGUCAUUGAUCUUAUUCUUACUAAUAUAUCAGACACAUGUGACUCUCCUAAAUUGAUCGCACCUAUUGGACUCAGCGACCAUAAUUCCGUUUUAUGUAUUUUAAAAAAAUGUAAAUCAUUGAACGGAUGCAAAAAAAUAAAAAUUAGACCCGGUAACAGAGGUGCCAAGGCUGCAUUUGUGUGAACAAAAACUGGAACUUUUUCAGGAUGUUAUUCAUACCGGCUUAGACCACUUCCUUCCAUGUAAAGUAGUUAAAAUGCACGACCGAGAUAAGCCUUGGAUAACUCCGGCAUACAAGGAACUUAUUAAAAGCAGACAAAAGGCAUUUUUUCAGAAAAAUGACAAAUUGUACCGUCGACUACGUAAUCGUGCUAAUAGAGAAAGUAAGAACCUUAAAUCUGCAUUCUUGGAACAUAAAUUGGAACAAUUGAAACGUAAUCCUGAUCCUAACAAAUGGUGGGACACUGUGAAACAAAUAGCUGACUACCCUUAGAAGAAAUCGUUUUCAAGUCUUCUCCUAGGAGACCAAGUCGUCUCUGGAAAGCAACUUGCUGAAAAAAUUAACGAGGCUUUCGUAUAUGUUACUCGAAAUAUUCGUCCUUUUAGCCCUAUCCCUUCCCCUGAUACCCAAUUACAAAUCGAUUGUACUACUAUUCCAACCGAGUACAUUAUUAGGGAAGAAGACAUAUAUUAUAAAUUAUCUUGAAUAUCAUCUUCGAAAGCAGCUGGCUCAGAUGAAAUACCGGAUUGGGUUCUAAAAGAUUAUGCGCCCCUGCUGGCUCCUCCUGUUACUUCAAUCUUCAACGCCUCCCUUCAACAAGCGUCUGUUCCCGCGGUAUGGAAAAAAGCCGACGUCAUCCCUGCCGUAAAAAUAAGAUGCCGAGUGACAUUACUAAAGACUUGCGUCCCAUCUCGCUUACUGCCACUUUGUCAAAAACGUGUGAACGUUUUGUCGCAGACUGGCUGAUGGAGUUGAUUGGUGAGAAGAUCGAUAAACGACAAUUUGGAUCCCUAAAAAACUCCUCAACAACGCAUGCAUUAUUGAGUCUUCUCCAUCACUUAUUAAACGAAACUGAUGUGCCGAAAAACGCUGUGAGAAUUUUUUUAUUGGACUUCUCUAAAGCUGUCGUGUAUUUAGAUUAUACUUUUAACAAAAUAUGAAUAAUACAUAAGCAUGACCGAUCUACAUAUCUAAUGCGCAUGUCCGUGUGUAUGACCGCUGUCCGUCUAUAUCUAUAUAUCUAACACCAUCUCUCCUCUUAAGGAAUGUGUCAUAAAAUAUUGUUCAUAAGUUCACUAUCGUGUUCGAACAAUUAUGCUAACCAUAACAGUAAGUAAUAAAGCAGUUCUCUAUGUAGUUUUCUUAAACAGUUUUCGGAUCAAACAGUUAAGACCCCACCUCUCGGGUGGUUGAUGUGAUCUGAACGUUGUUCAGAUCCUGUUGUAGCCCUACCGGCUUCUUCUUGUUGCACUACUGGUGGAUUCGUGGCUAGUUCGAUAUCCGGUUCUGCGACAAUUUCUUCUGCUGGUGCAAUAUUCUGGCCAGUCUCUCCGAGCUCUGGAUGAGGUUCAGCCGUAUCAUCACUCUGGUCAUUUACUUUCACACUAGAGGCUCGAAGUUGGUCGAUGUGACGUCGCCAAAUUCGAUUUGGACCAACUUUUAUCUUGUAUGAAAGGGGUCCCGUUUGAGCUCGAACUAUGCCUGGUAGCCACUUGUCUUUCCCACUGUAGUUACGUGCCAUGACAGUCUGACCAAUGGAUAACUGACGUGUGGGGGAAUAUCCUUUCCUCCCUGCUUGAUCGAUUUGCCUGUUCAUCACUUUCAUUUGUAAAUCAGGUUUCACCAAAUCGCCUCGAGUGCGUAGCGGUCUGCCCCAAAACAACACGGACGGUGAUUCUCCAGUCGUCGAAUGCGGGGUCACCACCUGUGCUGGCACUCCAUAUCGGGCAAAAAUGGUUAGGAGUCGGUCAAUGGUCUGCGUCGAUGUGGUGAAUGGCAUUAUUUCCACUUCAGGCCACUUCGAGUGUGCAUCUACAAUGAUAAGGAACAUUCGUCCUAGGAACGGCCCAGCAAAAUCUAAAUGGAUUCUCUGCCAAGGUGUGGUUGGCCAUUCCCAGGGGUGUAGUGGUACUUUGCCUCAUAACCAACUCAUGGACCUUCACCAAUAGAGGCUCUCUCUGUGUUUCUCGUUUGACCUGUUCUGCUGUGACUGGCAAAGGCCCACACUGCGUGGAAUAGAAGAGGCCCACUGGAUCUGGCUAUUCUUCUGUUUCGCUAUGCAAAGGUAAUCGAGACAAACCAUCCGCAUUCCCGUGUAACUUAGUGUUCUUAUAUCUAAUUGUAUAGUCAAAACCCGCCAAGAACAAAGCGUAGCGUUGUAAUCUAGCAGCAGUGACAGCAGGAAGGCUUUUGCUGGGAUGAAAGAUUGAAGUGAGAGGCUCAUGAUCAGUCAGUAAGGUAAAGUUCCUACCGAAAAGGUAAUUGUGCAAUUUCUUGACUCCCCACACUGUAGCCAGCGCUUUAUCUAUCUGUGCGUAGUUGCACUCCGCCUUCGACAGGUAUCUCGAUGCAAACGCUAUCGGUCGCUCUGUGCCAUCUGCCAUGACAUGGGGCAGUACCGCUCCAAUUCCUACAGGCGAAGCAUCACAAGCCAGUUGUAAGGUAAGGGAAGGUUAGGAUCAUAAUGUGUAAACACCAGAUCUGAAACAAUCAUUGCUUUAACUUUGCAAAAGGCUUCUUCGCAUUGAUCUGUCCAGUUCCAUUGGUAGUUACUUUCCGGCAUUUGGUCCAAUGGAUGCAGGAUUGUAGCAAGGUUUGGCAGGAAUUUGUGGUAAUAAUUCACCAAUCCCAGGAAGGAGCGUACCUCUGCAACACUCUGGGGGCGAGGGGCAUUCACCAUUGCAGCUGUCUUGUCGGUGGUCUUGUGCAGGCCUUCGCUAUUAAUGUCGUGGCCACAGAACGUGAUCUUUUAUUUGAAGAACUCACACUUCGAUUUAUUGGCUCUUAACCCAUGGUGGUGCAGCCGUCGAAGGACCUCCUCCAAGUUAGCCAUAUGCUCUGCAUCGCUUUUACCCGUCACAAUCAUCAUCUAGGAUACAACUAAUACCAGAAGUUCCUUCCAGAAUCUGAUCCAUGGUACGCUGCCAAAUGGCGGGAGCCGAGGUAAUACCAAACACCAAUGGUAUUACCCAUGAACGUAUUAAUUGUAAGGUACUUCUUGGAUUCUUCCUCCAACUCAAUCUGAUGGUAAGCUUGGCGGCGAUCGAUCUUGGAAAACAUUUCCCACCAGCUAAAUGAGCAAAAAUAUCUUCGAUUCGAGGCAGAGGAUACUGUUCUGCUUGUAAUGUUGGGUUAAUAGUACCUUUGAAGUCACCACAAAUACGGACUGAACCAUCUUGUUUCGGCACAGGUACAAUCGGUGUCUCCCAAUCACUCCACUCUACUUUCGACAAAAUACCUUCGCUCUGAAGUCUAUUCAGUUCUUCCUCCACUUUCGGUCGUAAGGAAUAUGGGACCUGACGAGCUUUGCGAAACUGCGGUUGACUACCUUCUUUGAGGGUUAUCCUUGCUUUGGCAGAUUUGAAAGUCCCCAGCUUGUCUUCAAAAACCUCUGCAUACGUACCCAAUAGGUUUUUCAGCUUCUCUUGUGUAGUCGUGCCAGGGUUUCUAUGGCUGGGAUCUGAGGAUUUCAACAACGUAAUGGUUUUCCAGUUGAGGCGAAGCUUGUGAAGCCAAUCUCGACCCAUUAACACUGGACCCUUAGUCUGGACUACAUGGAGUGGCAAUAGACAUGAUUGAUCUAAGUAUUCAACUUGCAUGGCAAGGCAACCAACAGGAACGAUCAGUUCACCAGUAUAGGUCUUUAAUACAGUGGUUGUUUUCUCUAACUUCUUGUCGCGAAGUCUUUCCAAGAACAUGUCAUAUGGCAAAAUGGACACGGCCGAUCCUGUGUCUAGUUCCAUGGAUAGUGUUUGAUUUUCAACUUUCACGUCAACCCAUAUGAUAUCACUGCUUGAUUUGUUUACAUUAUGAACUUCUAGGUUAUUCAACAAGUGCCCAUACUCAUCUGGUUCGUUCUCUAUGGCAUGGGUCGAUUUUUGGUAUCUUGAUCUGGGCGAGGGUCGACCGGGCCCCUGGGUUUGUUGUGCCCGGCAAGCUUUUUGAAUAUGACCUCUAUUUCCACACUUGUGACAGACUUCUUUCUUAAAUUUACACUCAGUUGCAACAUGGGUAUUAGCUCCACAUCGAUAACACACUACAGGGGAAGGUGGGCCACUAUCUGAUCUAUUCGAGGGUCUGUUCAGUGUCAGUUUGUCAAGACCAAGAGGUUUUUCUUCUCUACACUCGCUGUGGAUCUCUCUAGCAUCACGAGUGGCUGUUUUCAUAGCAACUGCUAUGGCAACAGCUUUGGAGAAUUUAAUUUCGACUCUGCAAGGAGACGUUUCUGAAUUUGCUGAUUACUUAAUCCACACACCAAUCUGUCGCGCAAGGUUUCUUCCAAGUUACUUCCAAAAUUGCAAUAUGUGGUUAAUUUCUUUAACUCAGCUAUAUAACUUAAAAAGCUCCCCCCCUUCUUGCUGAUUUCUCUUAUAAAAACGAAACUGUUCGGCUAUUUCUAGUGGUUUGGGAUUUAAAUGCUUCUGUAAUGUACUUACUAUUUCAUCAAACUUCUUGCCUGCAGGCUUCUUUGGCAAAAGUAAAUCCUUUAAUAAUUAAUACGUUUUGCCUCCAAUCAAAUUCAGCAGAGUUGGCACUUGAUGAUUGUCGUCGACAUCGUUUGCAGCGAAAAAAUAUUGUACUCGUUCGACAUACGUCUCCCAGCUUCGUUGGGUUUCAUCAAAAACAUCAAUUUUUCCAAUCGUUGUCAUUUCUGGACUUAUAACAAUCCCAAAUUCGUCGCCACUGUCGUGUAUUUAGAUUAUACUUUUAACAAAAUAUGAAUAAUACAUAAGCAUGGCCGAUCUACAUAUCUAAUGCGCAUGUCCGUGCGUAUGACCGCUGUCCGUCUAUAUCUAUAUAUCUAACAAAAGCUUUUGAUCAUAUUGAUCAUAACAUCCUCCUCAGUAAAUUAUCUGAUAUGGACGUUCCAUCAUUAAUAACAAACUGGAUAAGAAGUUUUCUUACUCUACGAAGCCAACGGGUCAAAAUGCCCCCAUUGUGUGUCAGAAUGGCAAAUCCUCAACGGUGGAGUACCCCAGGGAACUGUUUUAGGCCCAAUCCUCUUCCUAAUCAUGAUAAAUGAUCUGCUCGCCGAUUGGAAAGACCGAUGGAAAUACGUUGACGACACCACCACUACUGAAACCAUUGGCCCAGAUUGUAACAGCAACCUUCAAGAACUGGUUAAUUACAUCGAUAAUUGCAUGGACUACGAGUAAUAUAAUAUGAAACUAAACAUUGGAAAAUGCAAAAGAGGCAUUGCUUUCCCCCUUUAACAGUGGAUGAAGUUAAUAUUGAAGGAGUGAAAUCUGCCCGUAUCCUUGGAAUCACAGUUCAAGAUAACACGAAGUGGAAUGAACAUAUAAACAACAUAGUUAAAAAAGCUAGCAAGAGACUCUAUAUGCUAAGGCUACUAAAAAGGUCCAACGCGUGUAUUGACACACUGACUACUGUAUAUACUACCAUAAUUAGACCUGUUUUGGAGUACGCGUGCCAGGUCUGGCAUUACAAUAUCCAACAAUAUUUAUGUGAAGAUAUUGAAAAAAUACAAAAACGUGCAUUGAGAAUCAUCCUUCCAUCGCAAAAGUAUGACGAAGCGCUGAUCACGACUAACAUCACGUCGCUGAGAGAUCGCCGAGAAAAAUUAUGCGAACAUUUCUUUGAGAAGAAUAUGGACAAUGAAAAUCUCAAAGAUCUUUUACCACAAACAAUUUUAUCUGGAUAUGAUCUAAGACCGAUAUGUAAACAUCAUAAUUAUGCUUGUAGAACUGAACGUUUUAAGAAUUCGUUUUUACCUCAAAGUAUAUUAAAGAUCAACAGUAAAUAAGUUUUUAGAAAUGUAAAUACUCCUAAAUAUGUAAUUAUUAUGUAAUUUUAACUUCUCUUAAUUUAUGUAAUACUGGUGUAAUUUAACCUUUUUGGCUUACAAAGUCAGUAAUCAUUAAAUCAAUUCAAUUCAAUGCCUCGAAAUAAAGUUUUAAUACACUUUUCACUUUGCAAGUUUCGAAAACACAAUACAGCGGCAGGAUACCAUACAGCACAAUGAAAACAUGGCAAAGCAAAAGAAAGAGUAUCGUACAAAUUGAGAUACCUAUUGGAUACAAAACAAAAUGGCUUUAUAAGAAUAUUACUGCAAGGUUUUGCCUAACAGUCAGGAUAGUUUUUGCUAUUUGUUUGAAGUGAAUGUUUCGGAGUUUUAAAUAAGUUUUGACACAGUAAAAUGAUAAAGGAAUCCUACCCUUCAAGUUAAAUACAACAUUUUGUGCUUUUUUCUUUUACUGGGGACGAUUUUUUCAAUAUUACGUCGAUUUUGAAACCAAAUUUUCCGAAUCAUUCUUUUUGAAAAGCAUUAUUUACUAGUCAGGUGGUAUAAAUAAUGCGUCAAAUUUACUAGACAACUAGCCAAUCAGAACGCGCGAAAACUAAUUUGAUAUGCAAAAUUUAUACUAACCUUGCUUGUUUUCCUUGUCAGUGUAAAAAUAAUUACUUGUUGUGUUGUGUUGUGUUGUGUUGUGUCGUGUCGUGUUGUGUUGUGCUUGGAUCCCUUAAAAUAUACCUGUACAUACCUCUCGUCUGUGGAUUGCGGGGUUCCCGUAUCGAGUGUUAACAUUUGUACAUUUUAAAUAUCUUAAUCAUAUAUUAUAUAUUCUAUUUGGAAUAUUCGAUACCUUGAAAGCAUUUAGUAAAUUCUAUUUUGCAAUCUCGGGCAGUGCACCGUCCACACAACCUGAACAGUAAAAAAUUGAGCCCCAAUAGUCGUGUACAGCUACGCACUGUUCCAUUUAGUGUACUAAAGCGAAUUUUGUCCGCAACAGUCAACACGAACAUCCAUUUCCCACAUGUACAGUAUGAUAUUUAUAAUAUAGCAUUUGUAAAUUCUGAACGCUGAUUGGUUAAGAGCCGUGUUGAUAUAACUCAAUGUCAACACGGAAAAUUUCUUUCUUUAUAUUUCCUUAUGCUAUAUUCCACACAAUUUCUCAUUUCCCCAAUUCCCCAAUUCCCACUCGUGUUGAUAUAACUGUAUAUCAAUACGGAAAAUGUUUUAUAUUUGUUAAAUGUAAACUAUUCCCGAGCCAUCUGGGCGUUAAAAUCGAGGCGAGAGUACUAAUUCCGCUCGGCAAAAGGAAAGCAUGCAUGAGCGAAAUCUAACGUUCAUCAAUAAUUGCGGGCGCGUGGGUGUGAAAGUGAUCCUCAAAAAGAUUUUUGCCAUGCGUGGACUUCCUCGCUGAUCUCAAAAUAUCGCUGUUUGGCAGGAGUGCGGUAAGCAAGAUUUCAACUUUUCAAAAACAUGCACAUAAUUUGGAAAAUCGUUUCAUUCUGACUAUGGGCUAUCAAGCCAUUUUGCUUUGAGAAAUUGAGGAAAUAAGAAGAAUGGACUUAUUAUGGGAAAUUGUGAAAUAUAAGGAAAUUUGCUUUCAAUGUUAAAUGUUUAUGAAUUUGUCUUAUUUCGUCAUUGCUUUCCUUUUCAAUAUAUAUGAAGCUGUAAGUUUCCUAAAUUACCCUGUUUAGUUUAAAUUAAAAUUUAAAAUGUAAAGGAGAGCAACUUAUUUCAACACCGAACUGAAAUUACUUAAUAACUUGAAUUUAUUUUGUUUUAUUUAGUUAAAACAGUUUAUAUUGGUUGAAUGGACAUUUCAAAACAUCUUACAAUACGUAGCGUUUCAGAUUAAUUUUACAUUAAAUCAAAGCUUAAAAAAUGCAAAAUAACAUACCUAUACAAUAUAUAUUUCGGAAAUUCAUUGUUGUAUAAAAAGUACUAAUCUUUCAACUAUUUUUAUUUAUAUUAUUAAAAUUAUUAUUAAAUAAGUCUUUAUUAGAUAUAACCACAACAGACGUGUCACUUCACAUGAAAAACCUACAAGGUUGCAAUAAGUACAUUACUUAUUAGUACUUAAAUUUAGUAAGUUAAAAUUACUUAGUCUUAAAUUUAGCCAAAAUUGUUAUACUUAUAAAGACACCUAAUUAAAAACGACCGUUUAAAUCUUUCGGUUUUAACAUUAGGUAAAAAAAUCAUGUUCACGUUCUCUGAUCUUUGUCUUUUAGGAGGAAGCAUGCAGUUCGUAUAUAGGUGAUCUGGGUUACUACAUCAGUAUUUUCUCGAAUAAACUCAUCUCAUGUCUCUUAUUCUCUUUUCUUUAAUCACAUCAAUUAUCUGAACGCUUUUUGUUGUGUAUCCAUAUCGGUGUGUUCGCUUGAGAAAUUUAACAAUCUGGUCCAGGUAUACUUCUUUUCAAGUGCAGAACCCCAUACUUCAAUUCCGUAAGAAAAUAGAGAUAAAAAAUAAUACCGAAAAUAUAAAAAUUUAAAUUGCUUUGACUACACUUGGCAGACAAAGCGAGCCUGCGGUAAGUCAGACUAAUUACGAAUACUUCAUGUUAAAUCAACUUUUGGAAAAUAUAGGUGAGGGAUUGCUGCAUGAUGCAUGUAUUUCUAGUUGUAUACAAGUAUUAAGAUAGCCUGUGUGCAUUUCCAUGACAUCGAAGACUCGAAGUGCCAUGUAAUGGGACUGCACGCACGUAAUGCCAACUCGAAAGCUUAUUUUAUCUUCGAAUGGUGAAAACAAUAUUUUACGAACGAGCGCAGCGAGUGAAUAAAAUAUUGUUUUUAACACGAGAAGAUAAAAGUCAUCUAAUUCAAGCCACCGUGUAAUGUUCUGUUUAUUAUAUAUAGUCCCAAGCAAAAAAUUGUGAAAUUUCACGCUCAAAAACAAAUUGUGUUUAUUACGGCCAUACAUGUAUGAUAGUAACUGCAUACAGAAACAUAUUUAUAUAUGAAAGAUACAUCAGGUAAUUAUUGAAAAAUAAUUAUGAAAAAUGUUUCCAACAAGCAAAAGUUUUAAUAAACACUGUCAAAACAUGCACUUCGCAGUUCUUUUUUCGGACACUUAAGACAAACCUUUUUGCCAGGUUCUUCAACUCAUUCGGGGGGAUUUCCUCGAUUUUUCUACGUUCACCUUCGGCCACCAGAAACUCAAGGAACACUUUUGUGUCGUUGAACGUUUUUUUUCUCGUAUUUUCGUGUUCCUCAUUGAACCUUUCUACAUCAUCGUCCCUGAUUUGGACAAACCUCGCCAUGUUGCGAAUUGUUGAAAUGCUAAAAUUGAAAUUGUUAAUUUUUGUGGAAAAUGGCAAUUGUUUUCAUGUAAAUUUGAUCGGUCGUGUUUCUCAUUUUUUACUCAUUUUUAAAGCGUGCGCCACAUUCAAACAUUUGUAUCUCACGUAAUAUUACAUGACAUUUUUAGGUUAGUCUUUCCUCAAUACAAUAAAACUUAUUGGAGUGUAAUAGCUUUUAUAGUUUUUACCCUACAUGAAGUCAAACAGCACAGGUUUUUUCUGGACACCCGGUAGGAUAUAUGCAUAGUUUUAACCCCUCAAAAUAACAACUGUCAUUAUUUCAUGUUCCUGUAGGUAAAAGAAAACGUAUACUCAGCGAAAGCACCUCCCUUAAACGAUCGAACCAGUCCAACUGCCAAGAUUCUUAAUACUGUAUGCAGGUACUGUGUAUGAAUUCCGAUCAUGCUUAUUUAGUUACUGGAAACAACGAAGAUACAUUAACAAUUAACAAUUAACUGUAUAUAUACUGUAUAGUUCAUAUAUCAGCUACCUGAUGAUUCCUCGUGGGUAAAACAGGUUGUUGUUGUGUUGUGAGACAUUCGUAUUUAUAUCCCAUGAACUAAAAAAAACAGAUAAAAAUUUAUUCACCAAUAAUACAAAUAAAAUAGGAAAAAUUUUAUAAACGUCAACUUGGGUUCGGGUAUCCCAUGAACUUGCUCUCAUCAAGGCUUGCGGAUCGCAUCCAGACAUGCGCAGAGCGUAAUGUGGCAAGAGUGCUCAAACGACCACAUAUAUACACUAAGUGGUGUGAUAUUUUUUUGCCAGGUAUCUCAAGUACCUGUCUAUUUGUUGGAAAAGGCAAACUGUGACGUUGGGAUGUUGUUGGAAGGUAAAUAGCAAACAAAUAUAUCAUGCAGUAAAUUUUACUUAACAUAAGAAAUUCGUGCUUGUACUCUGACGUAGCAGUGACUUUUUCAUUAACAUUAAAUAUAUAGACAUUAUUUUAUUCCUAGAACGAAAAUGAUCCACAACUGCUCGAUGCAGAAAGAAAACUGGAGUUUAGCACUUACAUUCGCGAUCAUGGAUCUUUCAAAAUAUACAGCAAUGGAAGAGUGCGGAUUGUGUUCUGUGAUGGAGCUGUAAUGGAUUUUAAUUAUCCAAAUGAAGAAAAGUGCAAGAUACGGAGUAGAGACGAUGAGAAUUUCUAUAAUGGAAGCUCUUGUGAAAAACAUAAAACAGCACUGGUUGAUGAUACUAGCUUUAGAUUGAUAUUACCAAGUGGGAUUUCGUUAAAAGCUUCUUUUGACAGUCCUGCUGGGCCUUAUAACAGGUUUGUUGAAAACAAGUAGAAAUAGUUUUCUCACUCGGAUUUCCAUUGCGAAAGUUCUUUGAGUAAAGUUCCGUAAAAGACUCUUUCAGUCUUUGUGAACAAAGACAAUAAUGUAAACACAAAAUAUUUAUAAUAACAAAAUAUUUAUAAUAUUUAUAAUAACAAAAUAUUAAUAAUAUAGCCCCCCGGCUAUUUACACCCGGGGAAACGAAAGCAUUAGCGAAGUCUAAAGUUCACCAAUGAUCGCGGGCGUGGCUCACUGUGCGUGGGUGUCAUCCUCACUAAUCUCAAAAAUAUGGCGCACUGUCAUGAAUAGCGAACACUGUGAUUGGUCCAAUUUAAAGUUUGCAUUAUAACGACUGCAUGACGACAGCGAAAUAGCAAACAUUUCUUGAUUUGAUGAUAUCAUACCUAACAUAUAUAUGUGUAUAUAUAUAUAUAUAUAUAUAUAUAUAUAUAUAUAUAUAUAUAUAUAUAUAUAUAUAUAUAUAUAUAUAUAUAUAUAUAUAUAUAUGUUGGGAAAUUGAUAAUUUUGUAAUUAAAAGUGAUAUUUUUAGGCGAUUUUUCAUUUGUAAGAAUAUUCUUAAAAAAUUAUCGUGUUACCAUGACAAGUACUUUAGAUACUUCAUGUUCGGAAAAUACAAUGGUUUUGUCAGCAGGGCGAGGGUUUCUGCAUGCGAGUAUUUUCUAGUGUUAACAGUAGAAAAAGCUGUGCGUAGUCCCUCCUGCAUGGGUAGUCUAUAUUUCCAAAGAUGCCCAAGAUAACCUCGUUUUUGUCGAAUUCUGUUUAACCGUCAAACUACUGUAUCUGACACAACGCACUGUUGCAUGAAAAUUCUUGUGUAAUUUAAGGUUUUGAUUUUAUUAUAGACUUCUUCGUUUUACGUUUUGUUAUAGUAUAUGUUUUAGGUCGAAAUAUGUGUUCGGACCGGCUUUUUUGGCUCUUGGGGUCGAUUAACGUUUGUCCUACAUACAUUACACCCUCGCGCAGAUCUGUCUGAAAGUUUUGAAUCUGCCUGUCUGAAAGUUUUGAAUCCUAAAAUGUUGUCGAGUCCUCCCUUUGGAAAGCUUAUUUAGUAUUUUCGUUAUGGCAGGUAUGUUCAGAUUGCAUUGGAUUUUAUCAAGUGGAAGCAAAAUCAUGUUGAGAAAGAAAUGCAAUUAGAUUAUGAAUAUACCAAGUAAGAAAACAUUUUGUUAUUAUUUUAUAAUGUAUCCGGCUGUGUUUGUCAUUAGUGCAUGUAAAGAUGGCUGGAUAAGUGUAAAGUGAUGUUCAUCAAAGUUGAUUUGAUCCUAGUUAAAACGACAAGAUGAUCUUUAACAUUUGAUCUGAAAUGACGAAUACACAAUCUCAUUGAUAGACGUCACAAGGCUUCUGCCCGCGAGGAAUGCUGGUCUUAGCAGUAAACUCCAUGUCUUUUACUUUACCUGGAACGAUAACACUCAGUCACAGAGGAAGUGCAUACAGAGAUCUCACUUCAGGUUAAUUUCGCGUAAGGGAUUUUUUCAGUCCGCCAUGUUCUUAGCAAGUGCCCUAAAGAGAGGCAGUCACCCCCCUGAAAACAUAUUGAAAAUUUAAUAUUCCAGGGGGGUGAAUGCCUCUCUUUAGGGCACUUGCUAAGAACAUGGCUGCCAGCUAUUUGGUAAAAAAACGCCUUACGGUUUUGUAAUGGAAAUUACACUUCUGUAUGUCUUUAUUCUGUGACUCAGUCAUUUGGCAAUUGAAAAGUGAAGCCUCGCGUGUCCAGUGGCGUCAGCCUUCCACGCCAUUUCUACGUCAGUUUCAGUCCCUUUAUACGCCAUCACUGCGCGGUCCAUUGCCACGUCAUAUAGUACGUCAGUUUCCAGACCUGGAAAUAAUUCUAGCCUUUCUUGGAUUCUAGACCAGGGGGACAUAUUUUCUUUGAAAACACUGUGAUCAAAUUUAGGCCGGGGGCAUUUUCUUUGAAAACACUGUCAUAAAAUUUAGUUGGUUUAACAGCACUUAAAUUUUGAUUCUUACAACUGUUAGGCAUUAACUGUGUUUCACAUCCUUCACUGUUAAUAAAAUCUAUUCAAUCAAUAAAUUGGAUAUUGGAUGAUAAUAAUAUUAAUUAAUUCAGUCUAUGUUACUAAUGUUAGCAACUUAGGUCUUAUACUAAAACUGUCUGUACCAGUGUGGGUACUGGGUAGUACCAAUGUGAAAUUGCUGAGUGGUGGUUAUAUUACUACCUGAAAAAAACAAGCAGAAACUCGACGUUGAGUUUCUGCUUGUUUUUAUCAGGUAGUAAAUACUAUAUUAAUAACCACUCGGCACAACAACUUAGGUCUUAGCAUAUCAAAUUAAAUUGUAAUAAAUGCUUAUAUAGUGUAAUAGCUUCUUACAGUUGUAGUUAUAACUUAUAACAGUUUACUACUACCUGAUUUGAAAUUUGGAAGUUGUUUGAUGAAGAAAUUUAAUUUCAAGGAAUAUUUUUAUGUAUGCUCAAGUGAAAAAAACUUUUUUUGUCCGAUUUGUGCAUCAGGUAAUAUCACUUAUAUCAGCCUUUUCAGUUCUAAAAAAAUUGGGAAAUUUUUAACCUUUUGUUGAUUUUCAUGGAUAUUUUUUUUAAAGAAAUUUCAAAACUUUCUGCCAAAGAAAAUUGAAAAUCCUUUCUAGCAAUCAAAAAAUUUUCUAGGAACGUCGUUCCCAAGAUCCACCACUAUUUCCAGAUCUGUCAGUUUCAGUCCCCUUAUACGCCAUCACCGCGCGCCAUAUAGUACGUCAGUUUCAGUCCCCUUAUACGCCAUCACCGCGCGGUCUAUCACGAAUCAGCGCGCGUCAGCAAGCUGGCGUUGGCGUGAAAUGGCGUUGGUAUUGGCUUCACGUUUCUCCCACAUGUUAUCGUUCCAGAUAAAAGACAUACAUGGAGUUCACUGGAUCGUAGUAGUCAUCGUCCAGGAAAAUUUCGAUAGUGGCCAUUUUGAGUUGUUUAGUUUUCCCGGACGAUGACUACUAAGAUAGAUCAACUUUAUUUAAACACAUUGGCCUUUUCAACAAAAGCUGAUUUCGAAAAGGGAUGUGUACCAGCAUUCCUCGCAGGUAUCAAGCCUUGUGACGUCAUUAUGCAUAAGGUCUAAUGAGAUUGUGUAUUCAUCAUACGAAAUGCUGUUUUCUCGCGUGUUCCUGUCAUCCAGCAUAGUACUAUCAAGACAUUGAGCCGAUUUUCGUUUUAGGAACGGAAUUUUGUUCGCAAAAAAGUUAUAAGAAUGUAUAGGAAUAAAAAAUAUAACUAAUUACUAUGCAGUCAGUGAUGUCACCCGUAAGCAGCCAUCCAAAACUGCAAAAUUGCAUUGCUGUCUAGACACAGUUUUAUCCCCGAGCCAACGGUGCUUGGCGUAAUCCCAGGGCGAGGGUACUUAUUCCGCACGGCUAUGUACAUCCGGGAAAAGGAAAACUGCUAGCGGAUCUCAAACUUCCAGGGAUGGAAUGGGCCAACUGGCAGGGCAACUGCCAAUAUUUCAUUAAUUGAAAACAUAUUUAUAUUUAUGUUGAACUUUAUUUAUUUUUUACCGUUUUCCACAAAGAAAUUAAACAUUUAAAAAACGUGAUCGUGUUGCCAUGGCUAACAUGACGUGGCAACGCGAGCCUGCUUUCAGUGUUGGCGUAAUUUUGAAUACUUCAUGUUAAAACAAUGUUUAGGAAAAUAAAGGCGAGGGGUUCUUGCAUGCAUGUAUAUAUUUCUAGUUAAAAAUUUGAAUAUUUUACUCAAUUAUUUGCCAUUACAGUAGGCCUAUGGAUAUCCACGCAUUUAUUAGAUUUCAUUAUUUAUUAAUGGAUACACUUUAUUUAGUCAUGUUUAUGAAGAACUUGAAAAGCUAAGACGUUUCACCGGUAUCCUUUAUCAAAAUGUGGUUACAGUUAGAGUAUAGGUAUAUGCAACUGAAAUUAACACAUACCCAAAUAUGUAGUUGUUACAUAUUUUAAAAUCAUUGCGAGAGAAUAUCUAACUAUUAGACAAUUGCAAAAUGCAAUUAUAUAGGCCCUUUGGGAUUUGGGAUUUAAAUUUAAAAAUUGAGCAAAGAUGGCGUAACGUAUAGAUUAAAUAACCAAGUGGCGAUUUAACAACGAAACGUGUACUUCAGUUGUAAAUUUAUUUCUUGUGGACACUAAAUAAUCAUGCGAAUAAAGAAAAUAAGUAACAUUGACUUCUGGGGUUGUUUUAUAGCUAAUUAUGCAAGUGAAAGAAAAUAAAUAAUAUUGACUUUCGGGGUUGUUUUAGGGUCCGGGUUCGGUCAAGUUCGUUUGCACAUUUCGUGUCCAUAUAGGACGUGAAAUUAUAACCGGAAGUUUGCAGACUGAAUUCUCGUUGAAAAAGUUCCCCAAAUACAGUAGCAAAUUUUAAUCGCAAUGAUACAGGUGUCAUUGAACGGCUAAAAGGUGUCAUUGAACCAUCUGAACGGCUAAAAGCCCUAUCUUUAUAACAGUGGCGAAGCCAGCCCGACAAUUUAGUCAUGCUAUGCAAAUUUUAAAUCAUCAUUAAUUUCUUUAGAAAUUGAUUGUUUUCACGUUGAAUGAACACGGGAAUAUUUGCAUAGCAUGACCAAAUUGUCGGGCUGGCUUCGCCACUGCUUUAUAAGUAUAUGACAAAGUACAGUAAACCUAUAAAUGUAAUACCCAACAAACGAUAACACAUUAAAGUUGGAUUAUACCUUUUUAUGCUCCCUGUGUAAAACGACUUCGCGCAUUCUUGUUAUAUUCUUUAAAAAUUUGCCCUCCAUCUAUAGCUUCUGAUAGCAACAAUAAAGAACACUAUAUAGUUCCCUGUGUUGAAACUCACCAAGAAAGUGAUGGAUUGAAGGUAUUAGUAACAUGAUACUUUAUUUGUUUUUUCAUAGUUGCACGACGUGUUCUGUAGCAAGGUAAUGAGAAUACUAUUUGCUGUUUUAAGGGAAAUUGAAAUUAUUUUUGUUUCAAUCCGGAAGAGACAUUCAAUAUGUUGCCAAACUUUUUACAAGUUAUUUCAUAUUCUCUGUAUUUCAAGAAAAAUCAUUAUUCACAUUGCAUGUCUAUCAUAGAAUAUGUGUGAUAUAAUUGUCACAACCAGGUACAAUAUUUUGUAUUUAGAGAAAUACACCCUUCCGGAAAGUAAGUCUUGGCUGUAGCCAAAAUGACGUACUUUCCGGAAAGGUGUAUUCUAAUGACAUCAUGUUAAAUUUUUGGAGGUAUGCUUUGUUUGGUUGCCCCUGCCUCUUGUCUCACCGACUCUGCCAUAAAAGUAGCGUUUACAACUACAACUUGUAACUACAGGUACAGUCGAACGUCUAAUAAGCAACCAUCUUUGUUGGUUGGGUUUGUGGCUGGUGAAGAUAUUUUUUAAUAUCCAUGAUUAUUUUAAUUUUUAAGAAAUAAUUAAGCAGGGGAAAUAUCCUGUAAAUGUAUGAUAAUAUACAAUUAGUGGACGAGGUUGAGAAAAAUAUCGUGAUUUGUCAGCAGAUCAGCUGCUGAUGCAUUGCAAUGCAGAAGUUGAAUGAUCUGGUUACUCGGCGUAAAACAUUCCCAUUACAACCAAAAUUGAAUCAACUUUGAAGGAGUUGUUUUUGUUUGGGUACACACGCUUUCAGACACUGCACAAACAGCCAUGUUUACUCAAUGUGAAGUGUCAAAGGCGCAUAAACAAAUAAAUAAUUUGUUUUUUAAACUGCGCAUGUUCAGUGCACUGCCUGUACUUGAUAUUUCAGCUGACGCAUUAUUCGCACAAGCGGAUCCAUCUUGACUCUGGGGAGAACAAGUAUGCUUAUAGCCAUUGAAAUGUUAAAAUUAAAGUUAACUAGAAACUGUUUCUUACAGAUUGGGGCCAAUGAAAUCUCAAAUACUUUGUCACGUGAAGCACAUCUGGUAAUGUCACCGCUGUCCCAAAUAAAAAAUGUAGAGGGAUAUUUGAACGACACUCGUAAGGCCGUUGAUGAAAUAGACACAAUAUUGCAGAAUUGCAAGAGGCAACUGGAGAAAAGAUAAGGUACACGGGAAAAAACACUGUAAACUUAGGAAGCUUGUUACUUCGGUUAGUUAGAUUGUAGAUUGCAGUUUCCGUGGAUAACAGGGUAACGAAAGUAGCAAACCAAAUGUUUCUCGCGUAACCAAAGUAGCAAACCUAAUGUUUCUCGUGUAAGCAAACUAGGUUCGAUUCCCACCAGGGACAAGUAAUAUUUCAGGUUGCCAGGCGCAAUCGAACCACUCGGAGUAAAUGUAUGUAUGUAUGCAUCAAUUGCCACAAGAGCCUGUCGGAACAAGUCAUAAUGCUCCUAGAAAUCUGCUGUUACAGUAUGUAAAGACAGAUUUUGACGUAGUACGUACGAGUAGGAGGUAGUAAUACGAAUUUGGCAGCCAUUCUGUUCUUCAAGUUUUUCAUCCCACCGCACCCACUAGACUAGCACGUUAUACUGUAGUAACAUGUUUUUUGGUAUGUUGUUACUUGAGAUAUUUCCGGUGCACGUAUAGUUUUUGUUUAAGAGAUUUUCGCUUGCGUUUUUUAUUAAUAUAAGCUGCGGUAACACUUUAAUUGAGUUAAGUUGAAGUAUAGGUUGAAAUCGUUAGAUGUUGUUAGAACUAUAGGGUCAGGGUUUAUGUUUGGAUAAGGACUACAUAGAGCAACCAGUAACCAAACAUAUACCUUAUAUAACUGCUAUAUUUGUUCUUGAAAACUUCAUGUUUUAUGGUUUUAUGAUCCUUACAUGAAGUACGUAGCGAAAACAGCAAUCCCUCAUUUCACCAGUUAUUGAAAGCGAGAGAUAAUAUAACACAAUGAAUAAUUUUCAACGUAAAAAUUUGAAAUAUUUGUAGCCUGGAAUUUUACUUCCUUUCAAUACACCCUUCUGAUAUAACUACGUCAUGAUAUUCGAAUAUUUGCUUCAGCUUGGAGCCUCGAUACGCCAAGUUCCAACCACCUGAUAACCUACAUUGUGUAAAUCCUUCCACAUUCAACGAAAUAUUAUGAAAUAUUUAGCUUUAAUGAACCAAAAAGGGAAAAAAAUAGCAUAAUAUGAAAUUCGACCUCUCUUUAAUUCGUCUUUAUUUGUAGUUACAACACUAAGAUUUGUAUCCAGUAAAAUUUUGAGGUCAGUGUGAGGG